CAUCUUCUUCUUCUUCUUCCUUUUUUCCCUAUCUUGAUAGGGUUUCCAUGUCCUCUUGCCUUUCGUCUGUCUCAUGCAUCAGCUCUUCCCACGUCAAAGCUUGGUGAUCGCCGUCUUCACCUUUCUUCGCUCUCUUUUUUUUCCUCUCUUUGGAGGGUUUUUUGGUGGCGUGCUGCCGACAGUCGAGUUUUUCGGUUUCGUCAAGCCGUAUCCAUGGCUAAGAUCUUUGGUUUUACUCUCACAGAGAGUGAGGAUUUUUUCUCUGGGGCACCGAUCUAUCAGAACCCCAAGGAUACCAGUCUCUUUUUGUCCCUUGGUCGUCAGGUGGAUGUUUAUUAUCCUCUUCGCAAGAGGUCCCGAGCUACUGAAUCAUUUGUGCCUAGUGGAGAAAUACUCAAAAAGAAGAAGACAUCUAUUGAAAUCCUUCCAGAUGAGUGUCUCUUUGAGGUCUUCAGGCGCCUGCCUGAUAGAGAAACGAGGAGCCUCUGUGCUUGCGUUUCUAAACGCUGGCUCAUGCUUUUAAGCAACAUUAGUGGAAAUGAGUUUUACAGUGCUUCUGAAAAUUUGAGGCCAGAGAAUGUUGCGACUGUAAAUGAGACAGAUAACAAGGUUGAGAAUGAUGGACAUCUAUCACGAAACUUGGAAGGGGAGAAGGCAACAGAUAUAAGACUAGCUGCGAUAGCAGUAGGAACUGCUAGUUGCGGUGGCUUGGGCAAGCUAUCAAUUCGUGGUGGCAUUCAUGGCUCAAAGGUUUCCAACAUUGGCCUUAAGGCUGUUGCUCGUGGAUGUCCUUCACUUAAAGCUAUUUCUUUGUGGAAUUUGUCUUCUAUAGGAGAUGAAGGUCUGAUUGAAAUUGCCAAGGGAUGUCAAUUCCUAGAGAAGCUUGAUUUAUGUCAAUGUCCUGGAAUUUCAAACAAGGCUUUGCUGGAACUUGCUAAAAACUGCCCUAAUCUGACUGAUAUAACAAUCGAGUCUUGUGCAAACAUUGGCAAUGAAGGCCUUCAAGCUCUUGGGCAAUAUUGUUCCAAUUUGAAGUCUAUUUCGAUUAGAGACUGCCCACUUAUCGGGGAUCAAGGACUAGCAAGCUUGUUCUUAUCUACCGCUGAUACCUUAAACAAGGUGAAGCUUCAGGGUCUAAAUGUCACCGAUAUGUCUCUUGCUGUCAUUGGACAUUAUGGAAGGGCAGUUACGGACCUUAUGCUCACUGGCCUCACAAAUGUUACUGAGAAGGGAUUUUGGGUCAUGGGCAAUGGUCAUGGUUUGCAAAAGUUGAAAUCAUUUACACUUGCAUCUUGCCAUGGUGUGACUGACGUAGGGCUACAAUCCAUUGCAAAGGGAUGCCCAAACUUGAAAAAAUUCUGCUUGCGCAAGUGUUCGUUUUUAUCGGACAAGGGCAUGGUCUCUUUCACUCAGGCUGCCUUAUCCAUCGAGAACUUACAAUUAGAAGAGUGCCACAGGAUUACCCAAUUGGGUUUAUUUGGUACCAUCUUAAACUGUGGUGCAAAGCUAAAGGCGCUUUCUCUAGUAAACUGCUUAGGGAUCAAGGAUUUGAGCCUGAACUUGCCUUCUACGACCCCGUGCAAGUCGCUGCAGUCAUUAUCCAUCUGCAACUGCCCUGGGUUUGGUAAUGUAAGCUUAACUCUUUUGAGCAAGCUGUGUCCCCAGCUUCAGCACGUGAAUUUAUCUGGGCUCAGUGGUAUUUCAGAUUCUGGUCUAUUGCCAUUGCUUAAGAACUGUGAGGCAGGAUUGGUGAAUGUCAAUUUGAGUGGCUGUGUGAAUCUAACUGACAAAGUUAUUUCAUCCUUGACCAAGCUUCAUGGUUGGACUCUUGAAGUGCUCAAUGUUGAUGGUUGUUCAAAGGUCACCGAUUCGAGUUUGGUGGCAAUUUCCGAGAACUGUCCACUGCUCAAUGAUCUCGACGUUUCCAAAUGUGGCAUCACUGAUUUUGGGGUUGCAGCCCUUGCUCAAGCUAACCAGUUCAACCUGCAGAUCCUUUCUGUGUUUGGGUGUUCUGCCUUAACUGACAAGAGCUUGUUUGCUCUUAUGAAAUUGGGUGACUCCCUUUUAGGCUUGAAUCUUCGGAACUGCAACUCAAUCAGCACCAGGAGUAUCGAGCUGCUUUUAGCUCAGCUCCAUCGUUGUGACAUCCUUUACUGAGCAGGAGCAUGACAACUCUAUUCCAGAUUUAGCAAAAAAGUCGUAACAAAUGGAGAAAUCGUCCAUCUAAGAAGGUAGCUUAAAAAUCGUAAAGGAUUUAUCAGUAGACUGUAGUUUUUGGGUCCAUGGGUAUGGGUCUUCGUCAUCUAAUCUCCUUGGUUCCAUUUUCCAGGGAAUAUGGUCAUUCUCUCUAUUUUUUACAGAUCUUCCAUGAAUGGGGUCUGUUUUUUUGUGUUUUGGCUCUCACAUGAGAUGUCUCCACUUUGAUUGAUGACCAUCCUUCCCUGAGCUUUCCACUUUCUGGAUCCAAGGUUAUUAGCUUCUGUGUAAUAUGGGUAGUUCGUAUCCUGGUUUUUUGUCCAGCUCGUGUCGUGCAUACGACGCGGUUAGGAUUAUCUCAGGUGUGCUAAUUCCCCAGCCAUGUUUCGGUUCCUCGUCAUGUCUGUUUAUGUAAUGUUUGGGUUUGUGUUUUCCACAAAGGGGUAGGUUUAUGAUCUCGCCUAGUCGAAUCAUCUUCCUGGUUGCUUCUAGCAGUUCCAAUAUUUGGUGCCUUUCCCUCUCACAGGGUCUCGGUAGUGGCAGCGGGUUAUACAAGUCUGCCACCACAAUCUUCUUGUCCGCAAGGGAUUGUUUUUUUAGUUCAUACCGAGGCCUUAGUUUUUCAGGUACCAAGUGUUUUUUAAGCCCUUUUGCAACCAAGUAUGUAAUGACUGGUAGAUUGGCCGUUAUCCUUUGUGAUGCAACCUGUAAGUUUCAUAUCCAGUAUUAUUAAUAAAUAAGAACUUUCUUUGAGUAUUAUCUUCA